UAGGACGUGCGUGAUUCGUUUUGUGAUAGCUUGGACGGCUUUUUGGUGUAUCUUCUGGGCCGCAAAUUGUGUUUAUAUAUCUAUUUUCAAAUCUGUGUUUGAUAAACCAUAUUAAACUUUUUUGAUUUAAAAAACUUUAAACUGGCGAAUAAUGCGUCCUUAAAUGCUGCUGCCUGUUUGGCCUAUAUUGAUUUGAUAAAUACAUAUUUAUUUUAUAAAAAAACCUUAACAUACUUAACUGGACCUUAAAUUAUGGAGUGUUCGGAUAUCGUUGCUGAAAAAUCAGCGCCAGAAACUGUUCUGAAUACAGAGUUUAUGCUCCAAACACAGGAUAAUACUCGCAUUGAUCUGGAUAAUGAGGAACAUGUUCAUCAUCGCGAAGCUGCCGUUACUGCUGGUAGCACAUCAUCUUUGUCCGGAUUUCGAUGGAAACGCGUUCUUAAUCCUACGGGACCACAGCCCCGUCCACGGCAUGGACAUCGCGCCAUCAACAUUAAAGAGCUAAUGGUAGUUUUUGGUGGCGGCAACGAAGGAAUUGUUGAUGAAUUGCAUGUUUACAACACGGUUACCAAUCAGUGGUACGUGCCAGUGUUGAAAGGAGAUGUACCCAACGGGUGUGCAGCCUAUGGCUUUGUUGUAGAAGGAACUCGCAUGUUUGUCUUUGGCGGAAUGAUUGAAUAUGGAAAAUAUUCAAACGAUUUGUACGAGCUGCAGGCCACGAAGUGGGAAUGGCGAAAAAUGUAUCCUGAGUCUCCCGAUGGUGGUGGCAUGUCGCCAUGUCCACGUUUGGGCCACAGUUUUACCAUGGUUGGCGACAAGAUAUUUCUAUUUGGUGGAUUGGCAAAUGAAUCGGAUGAUCCAAAAAAUAAUAUACCCAAAUACCUGAACGAUCUGUAUAUACUAGACACCCGUGGCGUUCACAGUCACAAUGGAAAGUGGAUAGUUCCAAAAACCUUUGGCGAUAGUCCCCCACCCAGGGAGUCACACACUGGUAUAGCCUUUACAAGCAAAGCGAACGGUAACUUGAAUCUAUUGAUUUAUGGCGGUAUGAGCGGCUGCCGUUUGGGAGAUUUGUGGUUAUUGGAAACAGAGUCCAUGACUUGGGCAAAGCCGCGAACUCUGGGACAAGCACCAUUACCACGUUCUCUGCAUAGCUCAACAAUGAUUGCAAACAAAAUGUAUGUGUUUGGAGGCUGGGUUCCAUUGGUGAUAAAUGAAUCCAAGUCAACGACAGAGCGAGAAUGGAAGUGUACAAACACUUUGGCUGUUCUAGAUUUGGAUACUAUGACUUGGGACAACGUUACCUUAGACACUGUCGAAGAGAAUGUGCCGCGGGCUCGUGCUGGUCAUUGUGCUGUUGGCAUACAGAGUCGGCUGUAUGUGUGGUCUGGUCGGGAUGGUUAUCGCAAAGCAUGGAAUAACCAGGUUAGGGUGUGUUGCAAAGACCUGUGGUAUUUAGAGGUGACUAAGCCCCUUUACGCCGUCAAAGUGGCGCUAGUCCGCGCCUCCACGCAUGCCUUGGAGCUCUCCUGGACAGCGACCACAUUUGCGGCUGCUUACGUUUUGCAAAUACAGAAAAUAGAACAACCGCCUAUAAAUCCAGGUGCGAAACAGCCGCCCAACCUGGUUAAUCAGGGAAUAACAGCAGCGGCGGGGAUAGCCAAUGAGCCAAUAGCAACUUCUGCUCCAGAAAAUAACCCCGAGAGUGCAUUGUUAUUGGCAGGAAAUGAUGCCAAUUUAAGCACAGAUGGCAAGAAUACCAUAAAAGCCGAAAUAAAUCUACAAGCAAGAGAGGGAUUGAGUUCACGGUCGCCGCCCACAUCCCCACAGUUGAAAAAGAAAUCGGGGAAUGCAGCCAGCGUCACAUCUGUCCUUCAGCCUCAAAUAUCGGUUAUCAGCAGUACAGCUCCUUCUGCUGCUCUUACAACAAGCGGAAGUACAGCUGCCAGCAAUAUAUUGCAAAAGUUUCGACCAAUGGCAACGACAACAACGAGAACCGAUCCUGUGGCAAUGCGAACUCCCAGCGCGAAUGUUGUCCUAAGCUCAGUAACAGCAGCAACCACUGCCGCUGCAUCUGCCAAUGCAUUGCGUAUUGUGCCCAGUGUGGCAGCCACAUCAUCAUCACAAACAUUACGCAGCAGCACGGCCACAAUUAAUAUAUUGAAAACAUCUGCGCCAAGUGCUGCAUCACCGAUAACGACCACCACCACGUCCAUUGGUGGCAAACAAUAUUUUAUCCAAAAGCCUCUUACAUUGGCACCCAAUCUUCAACUGCAGUUUGUCAAGACGAGCAGCGGUGGUAUGACGGUGCAGACAUUGCCAAAGGUUAACUUUAACAUGGCCAAAGGUGGAGGUAAUCCAUCGCAAAGUCUUUCAAUUGGGAAUACGCAAAACCAAAUUCAAGGCUCCCACAUACCGGCAAACCAACAGCCAAAAUCCUCUAUUGUCUCCGGUAACGUCCUAAAACUCGUCUCGCCACACACCAUGACAAGUGGCGGUAAACUUAUAAUGAAGAAUUCAAACAUCCUUCAAAUGGGCAAAGUUACGCCCAAUGUAAUGGGCGGCAAGCCCGCUUUUGUCAUAACAAACAAGCAGGGAGCACAGUUAGCCAAUCAACAGAUAAUAAUUGUAACAACUGGCAGUGGGAACGUGCGAACUGUGCCAGCUGGAACGUUGAUGAGUACUGCUGGUUCGGGUGCGGCUGGGACGUCGACAACUGGCACAAGUAUAGUCAGUAUGGUUAGUUCGACGUCGACCACGGCUAGUCCUAUGCAGGUUAGCUCUGUAGGUGGUCACCGAACUGUUAUAUCAACCAAUACGAGUGGCGUUAAAAUGCUACGAAGUAUUUCUUCCGUUCAAGCCUCGGGGGGCCAGAAGGUGGUAAGUGGCGGAACACCUAUCCAUCAAAAGGCAGCCCUAUAUAUAGGCGGUAAAGCUGUUACGGUUAUGAGUAGCACAAAUUCAAAUCUAACCAAUCCCAUAUCAAACUCGAAAUUAAUGGUUGUACCGGGAGUAAAUACAAAUGUUUCUGGUACUUCCAAUUCGACGCCUUUAAGUGGUAGAAAAAGUUUCGUUUUUAGCCCUGGCAGCAGUCCACGUGCAGUUACCUUAACCACCAAAGGAAUUCAUGCUAGAAUCCUACCAACCACAUCGUUGACUGCGUCCAAGGAGAGCUUUACGGAAAAAUCAGACAAGAAAGAUAACACCGACCCAAUGGAUGAUAUUAUAGAGCAGUUGGAUGGUGCCGUUGAUCUUUUGAAUUCACAAGAAAACGAAGCUAAUAAAGAAGAUAAUAUUGAUGACAAUGACAAUGCCACAUCCACAUCAGCUGGAACAGCUUCUAGUGCUAACAUAGCUGCACCUAUAGCGGGUCCUAUUAAUGAGGAUUUUUCCGCUGUGAGUAGCACGACGGAUGCAGCGGCGUUAAGCGUAGAAGAAACGCCCAAGUUAACGGAUCAGGAAGAAAAAAAUAAUGUGGAAUCAACGAUAAAGUCCACACUAUUACCCAAUGACCAUCACAAUAAUCGGCCAACAACAUCGGAAACUGAAGCUGCCACUAUUCUAACCAAUAUCAAGUCUGCUGAAGUUUUGGGUAUCAACAAGGAUAUCAUAGCAGAGGAUAGUAGGGCACAAGAUGUGUCAGAUACCAAGUUUAAUCAGAUACCACAUACAUUUCAGAAUGUUGAUGGCUCACAUUUGGACGCACUGGCUUCUGCUGCCGUGAUGCAGGCAGCAACGGCUGAUGCCUCAGCACUUAUGAUAAAUUGUGGACAAACAGUAAAAAAUUUGUUGGAAGGAAGUCCCAAGAAGAGCAGUGCUGAUAAUUCACAAAACCAGAUACAAUCAAAUGCAGUUAUCGCGAGCCCCCAACUGGAUGUGCAAAAAUGGCACACCGUUGGCAUAUUCAAGGAUCUCACUCACACCGUUACCAGCUACUUAGACUCCAAUUCCUUCAAUGAUUCCGUUCUGGACGAUGUUGUUGAUAUCGAUAAUCUGGCUGAUUUUAGUAAAUAUCCUCGUAUUAAUUUGGAUCCUGGAACAGCGUAUCGGUUUCGACUUGCAGCCAUCAACACUUGUGGGCGUGGCGAGUGGGGAGAGAUAUCUAGCUUUAAGACCUGCCUGCCUGGUUUUCCCGGUGCUCCUUCAGCCAUCAAGAUUUCCAAAGAUGUAAAAGAGGGCGCCCACCUGACAUGGGAACCACCGCCGGCACAAAAGACCAAGGAGAUUGUUGAAUAUUCAGUAUAUCUUGCUGUCAAACCCACGACCAAGGAUAAUAAAACAUUGGCAGCCACACCUCAACUGGCAUUUGUUCGGGUUUAUGUAGGUGCGGCCAAUCAGUGUACCGUUCCCAAUGCCUCGCUCUCCAACGCUCAUGUAGAUUGCUCUAACAAGCCAGCAAUUAUCUUCAGGAUAGCGGCACGCAAUCAAAAGGGCUAUGGGCCAGCAACGCAAGUUAGAUGGCUGCAGGAUCCAACUACUACAAAACUUCCCACGUCAACCAACCCGCCUAGCCUAAAACGUGCACAGGAUAAGCCUGCUAUAGGAAGCGCAAAUAGCUCAGCCAAUAGCACUUACUGUUCGCCGCAUAAACGUGUUCGAAGUGGCCUAAAUGAUUGAUUGAUUGAGCAGAAAAUGCGAUUUAAGAGAGAGGUCACAAAAACACAAAUAAUUUAGGUAUGGUCCAUAAAAAAUAUCUCUUAAAAAAUGUUCAACAAUUGACUGGAAAUUUUAAAAUUUGUUGGCCAAAUUUGAUUCUUGAAUGUAUGUAGAAAUGUUAGUACUUUCCCUGAAAUACUAUGUAAUUGAAAAAAAAAGAGAUACAAAUUUAUUCUUGGCGAGCAAAUAAGUAAUGCAAAUGUUAUAUAUCUUAGAAUGCAAGUAAGACUUUUCUUUGGCAACAAAAAGUGUAUGAAAUUAAAUUCUCAUAAUUAAUAAUGAAGAAAAUAAAGAAGAAGUAAAUACGACUUUGA